CUCUCCCUUGUCAUCCAUGACCCGGCACGCUGAGAGCUCCGAGUUCCUCGCCGCGGCCAAGACAGAAGCUGCGCGUGCGGUCGAGCACCGUAAAAAGGUGCUCGAACACGUCGGAGCCGAGGCCUUCACCGUCGACGACUUCCACAAGGAGGAGCCGGGCGACUGGAAGCACACGACCGGGCGUUCCGACGUGACACCGGCGGAGCUGCAGCUCGGCAAGCGGUGCCACGGCGCGCAUGUCGAGACUCUGUCCGCCGACAUCACGCCAGCGGGCUCGCACUACCUCCUCAUCCACUUUGACGUGCCGCUCAUCGACCCGAGCGCAUACCGGCUCAAGAUCCACGGCCUCGUCGACAAGGAGGUGAGCCUGUCCCUCGCCGACAUCAAGAGGCGGAAGGCACAGACCGCCUCCGUCCUCAUGGCUUGCGCCGGCAACGGGCGGAUGGGCCUCACGGAGCGCUUCACCUCGCACGUGCCUUGGGGCCCCGACGCGUUUGGCUGCGCCGACUGGACGGGCUGCUCGCUGGCGGAGCUGCUGCAGGAGGUCGGCGUCAAAGACGGUGCGGCGCAGGUCAUCUUUACGGGCGCGGACAAGGGCGUCGAGUGGAACACCGUCGACUACUUUCGCCGCUCGCUGACGGUCGAGCAGGCGAUGACGGGCCACGUUAUGCUCUGCUGGCAGAUGAACGGCGCGGACUUGCUGCCGUGCCACGGCGCGCCGGUGCGGAUCAUCGUGCCGGGCUGGUACGGCAUGGCCUCGGUCAAGUGGCUCACCUCGAUCGAGAUCACCUCGGGCGGCUGGUGGGGGACCGAGAUGGACGUGUACUGCUACCGCCGCUCGCGGCUCGACCCGACGCCGCUGCCGAUCGAGCAGCUGCCCGUCCGCGCAAUGAUGGCGCCGCCGGGCCACCCGGACUUUUACUCGCGCACGCGGCUGCUCGCGCCGGGCGUGGUGCGCGUCCGCGGCAAGGUCUGGGCCGGCGCCGUCGACAUCGACUACGUCGAGUUUUCGAGCGACGGCGCAAAGACGUGGCAGAGGGCAGAGGUGGGCGACAAGUCGGGCGCCUUUGGGUGGGCCGCGUGGCACUUUGACUGGGACGCGAAAACGGAAGGGUCGUACGUCCUCUCUUGCCGCGGGGUCGACGCCGCCGGCCGGACGCAGGACCCGCUCUGCGACGACCAGUUCAACUACACGGGCAUGGGCUCCACGCAGCCGCAGCUGGUCUACGUCCGGGUGACGGCGGACAUCGAGACGGUUGGAGGCAGCAUCAACCUCGAGGUGGAGGAGGAGGCGGCCAAGAAGCCGGAGGUGAUGGAGAAGGCGCAGUGGGACGGCCUCUACCGCGCACCUGGCAGCCAGUAGCCCGGCUUGAGCCGACGACUGUCCACUGCAGCUGCUUGCUUGGCACUUACCUGCUACCUCGGACCCUGCACCUGUACCUGUCCGUUGCGCCGUUGGAUUGCGCCGCUGGAGGGUCUCGUGCUGCUGUACAACUCCUUGCCCCCACUGCGCCGCGGAGACGAGAGAGAGGCCCGUCCGUGCAUGAUUGCGCUUGCGAUCAGUACCGCGUAGAGUAGUGUCUCGACCUGAGUGUCUUGACCGGCCGCGGCGCACCGGUCGUAGAGAGCCGCGUGGUAGAGAGGGGACGGAUGUUUUUGAUUUUAUGUAUGUAAAAGAGGGAAGGUGA